CUCGGUCUGUCAACACUGUCAACUGACAAGUGUCAAGAUUUGUUUUGGUUUUGAAUUUGAAACGUAAAAAAAGUAAACAUGAGAAAAAAACUCAAGAACAGUAAUUAUUUGUUUUUGUAUAAACCAUUUCAACGUCUAUAACUGAUUUACUACUGUGACUGUUAGGCACUAGCCUUACUAAACAUCUUCAAUUACUAAUUGUUUUUCAUAUAUAAAUAUGAUGUUAUGAAUAUUAAAGGUAUUCUGGUUAUUUCAAGGAACAUUCACUUUUCUAAAAUUAUGAGAAAAGCAAAGGUAGAAGCCGCCUCCAGUAAGGAUAAAAGAGUUACCAGGAACAAAACCACAGUCGAAGAAAAGAUUUCUGUAGAUUUAUCAACAUUUAAAAAAAAGGUUAAACCUAAGUUAUCCAAACAUACAGCAUUCGAAGUUAUAGAAACAUUAGAAACUGCACAAGACAUAGAAAAUAUUGAAGUGAAGCAAGAACAUGCUGAAGAAGUAGCUAUUAAACAAGAAAUAGAGUAUAAAAUUAGUCCACAAAAACGUAAACACAUUAAAAUUGAAUAUGAUAUUAAAAAUGAAGAAACAAAGAAAAAUAGAAAUAUACCUUGCAAUUGGGAACAAGUUUUAGAUAAUCUAAGAGAAAUGCGUAAAGAUGCAGAUGCUCCUGUAGACUCCAUGGGUUGUAACAAAUGUCAUGAUGAUGAUGCAUUACCAAAAGUUCAAAGAUACCAACAACUUUUAGCAUUGAUGCUAAGCAGUCAGACCAAAGAUCAAGUAACGUAUGCAGCUAUGGGAAGGCUUAAGGAACAUGGUUGUACUGUUGAAAAUAUAAAUAGUACUUCAGACGAAGUAUUGGGAAAAUUAAUAUAUCCUGUUGGUUUUUGGAAGAGUAAAGUAAAAUAUAUAAAAAAGACAACAGAAAUUUUGCAAAAAGAAUAUGAUGGUGAUAUUCCAGAUACUGUAGAAAAAUUAUGUAAACUUCCUGGAGUGGGACCAAAAAUGGCUCACAUUUGUAUGAAAACAAGUUGGGGACUGGUUACAGGCAUAGGUGUCGAUACCCAUGUUCACAGAAUAUCCAAUCGCCUAGGAUGGGUAAAUACCAAAACUCCAGAAGAAACAAGAAAGGCUCUCGAAGAUUGGUUACCUCAAGAAUUAUGGAGUGAAGUGAACCAUUUGUUAGUAGGAUUUGGGCAACAAAUAUGUCAGCCCAUUAAAGCACAAUGUGCAACUUGUUUAAACCACGAAUUAUGUCCAUAUGGUAUCAAAUAUAUUAAAAAUGAAUUGAAAGGGAAACACAUUAAGAAAGGAAAUUAGUAUUGAUUGCAGAUUUUUUUAUUAUUUUGCUUUGUAUUUUUUUUUUAAAUAAAGUUAUGUAAACUCAA